CUCUUCUCGGCCGCAGUGCACGUCCUGCUACCGCGCGAAGCAGGCGAGCGAGUCAGGGACGAACGUCGGCGACGCUCGGUUUCUCGGCCAAGUUCAAGGCGGCACGCGGCGAAAUCCGGCCAGCGUGUUUCUUCUGCGGCAAGCCGGCCGGGAAUUCCCCCGCUUCUGUCGGGCCGACUCGAUCCCUACGUCGAAAGUGGGGCUUCUCGUGAUUCGGAACUUCGUUAACCCUCUGUAACUUGGACCCUGAAACUGGAACCAAACUUUGGUGCACAUAUCCGGAACACCAUUCGUAAUUCGGCUCCUGGUACUUCUGCUCUUCUGGUGCAUCGAGCAAAUCCUCUUGUUUCCUGUGGCGGCCCAGGCGAAACGGAACCCCAGCGACACUACAACGUUCUGCGGAAUAUUCCACAAACGGCCACGACGCGAAAGUGAACGCCGAUUUCCAACCGAACGCUGGUGACAGUUCGGCAACGGUGGCGCAGUAUUGUGCGUCUAGGACUUACGAUCGAAGAGGGCUGCUGUUGCCACUCUCCUGACAAAAGUCUCAGCCUCUUCCAUCCGUCAUCUGUAACUGGCAACAUUCACAAAACAAAAAAGAAAAGGUUGUCCUUUGCUUGCCAUCGGGGAAACUACACCUGCAGAUUUUUUUUUUAUUCGUGAUAAGAAUUGCCUUUUGAGCGUCUACCAGCUUGCUACUGUGCUGUGCGCUUCUGGCUCGUCUGAAAAAACUCCAUCCUUCUCGCGCGGGGCACUGGUGACGUGUCCCAGCUCCGCGACUGGCUCUUGGAACAGCAUUCCUUCAGCUGUACGGGACCUUUCGCACAUACCUGUGAGCUUCCUUCGCUCUCACGACCGUGCAAAACGCAGACAAAGAAGUCAGUCGUUUCAUCUACCACCAUAAUGAGGUAGCAAUCAAACGCCCAACUUCAAGUUCUACAACCGACUCCUGCCACGAGUGAAAAGCUCAGCCGACUAACUACCGCGGGGAGCUGAAGGGAUUAGUGCCACCACGUAGUCUUCCUGCCCCUGUGAUUGUUCCGAGACUGCGCAGUCGAGACAUCGCCUGACGACGACUUGACUAUUCCGGUUCUUCGGUUUGACGUUUCCUUUCUAGUGAAGCUCGGUGCCAUCGCCGCCGUUUCUUUUUUUUUUUUGCACGAAUUCAUAGCUCAGAAGCGCGUUUUGUUUUGCUGUGUGCACGUGUUCUUGGAAAAGUGAACGAACCGUCGUUGCUGACGUGUGCGAGUGUGCGUCAAGCUCACGCCGAAGCUUUGAAAUAUAUAGGCUACCAUCUCGAAGACAAUAAGGAGUCACGUGUUUUGGUUGCGGAAUGCUCUAAGCAAACGUUGAUGCGACGUGUGACACUGAUUUUGUGAUCAAAACUCUGUGCUUCAAACGAGCAACAAUCGCACCAAGAACACGUUGAAACGGAUUCCGGAAAUAACUUUGCUAUGAAAAGUGAACACUCGGCCUCUUGUAGAAAUCCAAUACCCUACCUUGAGAAAGUUAGUUUCACGUGAAACUGAAGAAUUCAUUCGCUAUUGAAACAUCUCAAGAUGAUGUAAUCGCUGCGGUAAUGUUUAUUUCCAUUAGGCAGUGCUUCGAGGAGGAGGAGGAUUGAAAGAGGAAGGACAGGGAGGUGAAUCGAAAUAUUGUUUGUGGUUAGGAGCUUCUGUUGACUUUGUUUCCUUUGGCCAAUUUUUUGUGUUGCCAAGGGAAAAGCGUGUCCAAAAGUGCUUCUUCGAACAAGCGAAAGAUUCCGCGCAUAAAUGUCGUUCUCGGUUGUUAAGACUCCCGUCGCAUCAGUUCAAUCAGUGCCCCACAACGAGCGCUCAAGGACAGCUCGUGAAAAUUGAAGUAAAUCCUACUAGUGUGCGGUAAACUGCUUGAGAUACACUGCGUGUGUUGCUUGUGAUUUUGUGCGUGUGUGUGAAUUUCACUCUUGCGACGUUGAGAGAGCCUUCGCCAUGGUGGCCUUGGAUAUACCGUUGGUGCCGGCUAUCAUUCCGUUCACGGCUUUUCUGUUCGUUCGGUUUGGUGAACGAAUAGUGCCAUACCAAAGCGAACACAUACAGAAGGAGUACGACUACAUCAUCGUGGGUGGUGGCUCGGCUGGAGCAGUUCUGGCGAACCGGUUAUCUGAAGACAUCACAGCGACCGUGUUACUAAUAGAAGCUGGCGGCAUAGAAAACGAAGUAUCGGACAUACCACUGAUCGCGGCGACGAUGCAGAUGUCACCGCUGGACUGGUCCUACCGAACCGAACCUCAGAAAACGUCCUGCUUCGGCCUAGAAGGAAGGAGGAGUCCUUGGCCGAGAGGUAAAGCGCUUGGUGGCUCGAGUGUCAUCAACUACAUGAUCUACAUCAGGGGCAAUCCGCACGACUACGAUCAGUGGGCGGCAAAUGGAUGCGAGGGCUGGUCGUGGAACGACGUGUUCCCUUACUUCCUGAAAUCGGAGGACAACCGUGAUCCCGCAAUUCUGCAAAAUGGUUACCACAAUCACGGUGGUCCCCUGACUGUAUCCACUCCUCAAUACGCGACACAACUGGGUCAUGCCUUCAUUGAGGCCGGUCUUCAGCUGGGCUACCCAAAUGUGGAUCUCAACGGACCGCAGCAAACAGGUUUCGCCAUACCGCAAGGCACCAUAAGGCGAAGCGCCAGGUGCAGCACCGGCAAGGCGUUUAUCAAACCUAUUCGUCACAGAAAAAACCUCCACAUCACGCUGUAUUCUUUAGCCACCAAGAUCCACUUCGAUGAGUGGAACAACGCCCGGGCAGUCCAGUUUGAGCGGUUCAAGGUUCCACACAUGGUGUUUGCGCGACGAGAGAUUAUUCUGUCGGCCGGAACAAUUGGCAGCACGCAGCUUCUGCUCCUGUCCGGCAUCGGACCCAAACACGACCUGCAAAAGAUGGGCAUUCCUGUCCUUGCUGACCUUCCAGUUGGUUACAACUUGCAAGACCACAUCUACCCUGGCGGCAUGAACUUCCUCGUGCGUGAUCAGGUGUCAAUGGUUCAGACUCGUGUGUUCAACCUGAAGCAGAUUCUCCGCUAUCUAACCAUAGGCAAAGGUCCUCUGACACUGCUGGGCGGAGUUGAGGGUCUGGCGUUUAUCAACACGAAGUACGCCAACAAGAGCAUUGACUGGCCGGACAUCGAGAUCCACUAUCUCUCGGGAUCGCCCGUAUCCGACGGAGGACAAACGUUCAGACGUACUGAAGGAAUCGCGGAUGAGUUGUGGGAGAAAGUUUAUGCGCCCUACGUUUAUGCGGACACCAUGUCUGUAUAUCCGGUGCUGCUGAGGCCUAAAUCUCGAGGAUACAUCAAGCUUCGGUCCCGGAAUCCUUAUGAUCCACCCUUGAUUGACCCGAAAUACCUGAGCCAUCCGGAUGACAUCAUGACUCUUGUUGAUGCCAUGAAGUUUUCAAUGGCAGUGGCCGAAACGCCUGCUUUCCAGAGAUAUGGCGUCCGCAUGUGGGACUUGCCAUUCCCAGGAUGCGAACACUACAAGCACCUCAGUGACGAAAACCUGGCGUGCAUGGCUAGAUCUUUUACCAACACAAUUUACCACCCUGUGGGCACGGCAAAGAUGGGACCCGUUUGGGACCCAACCACAGUCGUCGACCCCAGGCUUAGGGUCAAAGGAGUCCAGCGAUUGCGAGUUAUAGACGCUUCAAUCAUGCCCACGAUCGUGUCCGGCAACACCAACGCCCCGUCCAUCAUGAUCGGCGAGAGAGGUGCGGACAUUGUGAAAGCCGCGUGGGUGCACCACAGCAAUUUCCACCAGCAGCUGCACGAGGCCGCCAAGCGCAAGAGGUGACCGGGGUCAGCCAACGACCGCGCGAUGCAACCGCUGCGUGCGUGGUAUGCACUCUUGCCAAAGACAGUUGCCGAGGCAUUGCUCACUACGCCAGCGCCAGAGGCGCGUGCCGUGUACAGUGCGCAAAGACUAACAGACGGACUCCGAGCCCAGCGCCGGCUACAAUAGACCUGCGAACGGUCCUCGUUGACAACACAGGACACGCAUGCAUCGUCCUCGUCGAAAGCAUCUAAGCCACUUUCUAAACGCCGUUAUCAUUCAGGGAUUUUCUGCAGAUGAAGGAAGUGAGCGCAUCAACGCCCUGUUUCAGUCUGUAGCAGUGUGCUAUAAUUGUCCUCGUAUUCCAAAAGGCUACAUCACUCAGGUUCACCUUAACUUGAGAGUGUCAAUGACAGCACUGCACUUUGUCAGGAGGGGUCACAUUGUAUGGAUAAUGUUGAAAAAGAAUUCUUGAGCAGCACGCCUUACUUCUCAGUCGAUUGGUGGUGGUGGUGUUCUCAACUCGGUCGAGAGAUGUUUGCCGUGAAGUUGUAGUUGUUAUGGUGCUCUGCUGCUCUCCAGUAAACUGUGGGCUCGAUGUCGUCCACGGCAGUCGCAUUUCUAUGGAAGCGAAAUCCUAGAAGCCCGUGCAUUGGAUGACGUCAGUGCGCGGUCACCAGAUUAUCGAAAUUUCCGGAGCCUUCCACUACGCCUUCCUUUAUAAUCAUAUCGUUUAUAUACGUAAUACGCAGAUAUUUUAGCUUCGUUGAGGAACGUAAGAUCUUCACAUCAGUUUGAGGCUACUUAGUGGUGUAGUAAAAAAAAUUGUGAGUCGGUUCACUCCUGUGAUAUGUCGAAAUAUUUUGUGAGACCAGAGUGACAAUUCUUCCACACACUUGAGACAUUUCGUCCAAGUCUAGGCUCACGGAGGCUUCAGGAUACUGCAGCUAUGUCCUAUCAUCGCAGCUUGAAGUGGCUUGCGCACUUUCGGUGAAGGCUGUAAUGCGUUUCUAUGUGUCGUUUCUCUGUGUAUGCUAAGGCACAUCUUGGUGCACUCAGGUCUGCUAGGAGACAUGUCAAGGAGGCCACUGAUGAAAAGCACGGGAAGGUAGUAAACGAACAGUCAGUGCUGUGUUAAGGCGGUAGUCUAAUCUGCAGGUUUUCUCCCAUGAAAGCCUGUCUGAAAGCACCAUGAGGCUGGUAGGCUUCAAGCAUCAACUGCAAGCAUCGACGCUUCAAGCGGGAAGCAACGCUAAUGAAGAUUGUAUGGUGCUGACAGCAGAGAGCCAGAAUCGAUGACGUGAAGUUGUUUCGAAGAUUCGAGUUUGUUCAACGUGCCUGGAAUCUGAAGAUUUCGCUUUGUGUCCUAUUUUGGUGCGCGGAAUUUCUGAUUGAGUAUGCGAUGGCGGCGCACCGGACAAUUCGCUGUCAUCGUGAAUGCUGAAGUCAAGAUUUGUGCUUAGAGGGGUGAGGUGAUAAACUAUGAUAGAAGAGCUGGGCUCCAGGUUUAACGUCUUUUGAGUGUGAAUGUACUGGUUGAUGAAAGUGCUACUUUUUUUAAUAUGCUUUACAAUGUUAACUAAAUAAUAAAAAGGCAGUUGUCUGAUUUCGCAAACGUUUACAAGGAACCACAUGGUGGCAUAACAAACGCAGCAAGUAGAUGAAGCGUCUUCUCCUCGUGCCACUAUAUUUUUGAAUGUAAUAUCUGCUGCUUGUUCAGCUGUGCUGACCUUCUGUGUCAAAAUUUAGCCAAAUGAUUUUGUUUACACCCUUUGACCAACUAUACAUUUUGUGGGUCACGUGACAUAUGUGACGCAUUGCAGCCACAACACAAAUUCUAAGAAGCCGAUGUGGAGUCCCAUUCGGACAACCAACCCUAUUCAAUGUUUUGUGAGCUGUGGCAAAGAAUGAGCAGUUACUUCUAAAUCCGUUCGUCUUUAGGCUUGUCACUUCAUUAGAAGAGACCUACACUCUGGCAAUCCUGGGGAAUCGUUGAUAGUGGUGCUAUCUUGGAUCAGCACUUCCCUAAGAGAAGAUUUAUGAAUUUUGAAGUUAUAAUUACAGAAUAUAUUUAUGACUCAUUUCUUGAAUAAAUACGAUACAUUAUUUAAAUGAUGUGUAUUACACCAUCUUAAGCGUCCGGAACGCACUUCCUCUUAUGGAAAAGGGAGGGUAUGAGGUGUAGAGCACUUUACUCUCCCGCAACUGACGCAUUGAAUCACGUGGAUUACGCAAAGCAUAACUCUUAACGCCCACUAUAACCAAUUCACCACAUGAUAUUGACAUGAUAAAGUAAAAAAGUAGUUUUUCCAAUUUAGGUAAUACAACUAGCCUUAUGUUGCUUUGUUCCCUCUUACCAAACCUAAUUUCUGCAGUAUGAUGAUGUGUCAUUGCUAACGGUUUAUAAGUCAUAGAUCUCUAGCAAAUCGUGCUUAUAUAAGAGGUUGUGGCCCAUCUAUUUCUGGUUAGAAUGCUCUUCAGCAGACGAGAGCAGUAUUUCGGGCUUGUUGUUAAUUCAUUACUUCGUUGCAUUGCGGAACAGAGCAGAAGAAGACUGUGCACAAGCGCUGGUUGUGUCUUUUUUUCUGCUGUCGGUGCCUUUUCGUUCCGCAAUCGUACUGUCAUUGUACAUUUGUUUUGUUGGUUUUUUUCUAGUGUUGCAAGUUUCAACUAUUGUACCACCUAACUAAAGAAUGACGGUGUGAAAAAAGUCGUAGUGCGGAAUAUAAAGUGUUGCAGUUAGCCUCACGGUUCUUCUUAACACUUGGUCUCUCAAGCAUCACGACAACUCUAGAAAAAAUACUAGGCCACCUACAUGAAGCUUGGUUGCAUCGUAAGAAAAAAAAACUGAAAUUUUUGCAUUUUUUACAAAUAAUUACUAGAAUAUAAGCGCUGAAGAACAUCCAAGUGUGUCAUUUAUAUUAUUAACAAUGUUUCGCUGAUUUUCGCCAACUUGUACAAAUGUCGCCAACGUUUUUCUCGUUAUUUUAUGUGUACAAAUGACUUUUAGUAACCUUUGUUGGUCUUGUGCAUCCUUACUUCAAUUGUUCAAUUCGUGAAAUAAAAGUUUGCGCUCAUAAA